AUGAAGGACUGCAGCAAAAAACAAAAGUUACAUGCGGAGGAAGCAUCAUUUCAGGACAAGGUCGCUGCGUCGCUGGCCAUUCCCUUCCUGUGCGCCAUUUCCAGUUUAUGUGUAAAACCCGCAGGAUCGAGCAGAGCGCCUUGCCUGUUAUCAUUGAAUUCAAAGUUCCAGCUAAAAAGAAGGAGAUGUAGUGGCAAAAUGCUGCUCCAGCAUUGGCUUUUAGUGGUAGUUGUAGGAUUAGGAUUUAGUCAGUCACAUGCCGCACCGCUUGACGUCAAUAUCACGGCGGAAACUAUCCAACGACUACGACGACAUGCAGAAAAAAGGGUAUACCCUGAGUUAAAUGGUCCUGAUGAAGAUGACGCUAAAUCCGCUAAGACGACCACGACCAAGGCAGUUGUGAAGAAUGAGAAAAAGCAAUAUGACAUCUAUGAUCAAGUGGAGAAAAACGAUAGCCCCACUGACGAUCCCCCUGAAGCAGGAGGUGAUGAUGCAGAAUACGAGGACGAUUCUUCAACAACCCAAGCGCCAGUUAAAUUGGAGGCGAUGGUUCAAGCAGGAGCAAAGCCGGCAGCCUCCAAAGUGGCUCCAAAAGCUGCUGCUAAACCCGCAGGAAAGCCAGCCGCUAAACCUGCAGCAAAAACAGCCGCAAAGCCAGCAGCCGCUAAACCUGCCGCAAAACCUGCAGCAAAACCAGCCGCUAAAGCAGCUCCUAUACCUGCAGCAAAGUCAGCCGCAAAACCUGCCGCUAAAGCUUUACCUGCAGCCAAAUCGGCCGCUAAAGCUUUACCUGCAGCCAAACCGGCCGCUAAAGCUUUACCUGCAGCCAAACCGGCCGCUAAAGCUAUACCUGCAGCCAAACCAGCCGCAAACAAGCCGCUGCCAAUCAAACCAGUUCCAAAGGCUCCAGCAAAGCCAGCCGCAAAACCGGCAGCAAAGCCAUCAGCAGCAAAGCCAGCAGCAAAGCCGGCAUCUCAGGCUAUACCGAAGCCUGCAGCCAAGCCCCAGCCAGCCGCAAAACCUCAAGCCGCAAAGCCAGCCGUCAAAACUGUAACAAACAAGCCUGGUGCUUCAGUAGUGGCUAAGUCUGGGUCUGUUGUACGAAAGCCUGUGGCUGGAAAUCCAGGUGUUAAAACAGGCGCCAAGCCUGCUUCUAACUCGAUACCAAAGCCUGUAGCAAAGCCUCCAGCCAAACCCGCAGUGAAGCCUGCCGCGGUUCCUGCAAAGCCAGUAGUGAAUCCGACCAUUAAGCCGAUAAUUAUCACUACCAAGCCACCAGUAGUCAACACUCCCAAGGAGGAAGCAGUGGACAUCAAUUUUGAUGAAGAUAAGACCACUGCUGUUGCUUCGAACGCGAUCAAAAGUGUCCUAGAAACAACAACCACAACAACAACAGAAAGAACAACCACAACCACGACACCUCGGCCCACUCCUAAACCUUUCAUCCCCCCAACAUUCAGCAUUCCCGCGGCCGCAGUGAUAACGCAGCCCCCCAUCCAAGCAAUGACCCCUCCAGCCUUCCGGCCCCCGGUCUUUGUUCCACCUCCGCAGCAAGCGCCGGCAGCAACGCCUCCUCCCAACACACCACCCCCAUUCCGGCCUCCAGUCUUCGUGCCGCCUCCGGUGGUCAACACUCCGCCCCCGGCACCUGUAUUCCAACCCCAGGUUGUCAACACCCCUCCACCGUUCAAACCACCCCCGGCGGCCGUGCCACCCCCAGUGGUGAAGCCUCCUGUUCCACCUCCAGUGGUACCUCCUGUUGCGGCGCCCCCGCAGUUCAAACCACCCCAGCAAGCAGGGCCACCAGUUGUAGGCCCUCCGCCUCAACAGGGGCCACCACAGCAGGCCUGGCGUCCUCCUGGGGCGCCACCAGCUUUUGGAGGGGCACCCACAGUAAAGCCCACUGCCAAGGGACCAGUUGUUACCACCCCCGAAUUUGAUUACGUCGACAUUGACAAAAUGGUCAACGAGGCCGAAAAGGAGACCACUCCAUCACCAACAGCAGAACAGGCGGCCUUCGGCGGUCUUGACAUUGGAAACAUGGUCGGAGGGUUCUUGGGAGGAUUUGCCAACACUGGAAGUAAAGACGGUGCAAAGCCAGCGGACGCUGCUGCGCCGUCUGAGUAGAAAUCACAAAAAUGUAAAAUUUGAUUCAAAACAUUACAAAAAUUAUAAAAGUACUUACACACAGCUAAAAUCUAUUUGUAUUAAAUUUGCUUAACUUAGAAAUUUUGAGAAAUUUUUAAGUCAACAUAGUUUCUAAAUAAUUUUGCAACAUUUUUUUAUAAUAAAAUUUUAUAUUUCAAAGUUAGAAA